UUUACAACCACCGCCCACUUUCCUUUUUCCCUUCAUUUCUUUCCACUUACUUGUUUUAUUAUUAUUAUUAUUUGGGAUUCCUCAAGUCAACUAGCCUCAAACAGUCGAACCCAAAGAUGCCUCAUUUCUAUACUAUAUAAGUCUGUAAAAACCAUCACUAGCAAUCAUCACCACCAUCACCAAAUGUAACAAAAGGCUCACAGUUUUUAUUGAGUUUUAAUCAAAGAUCUUAGAAACUAGUGAUCCAGAAAUGGAGAGUGAAGACACCGCAUCAGCACCAUCGACCCCAGCCACACCAGGGACACCGGGUGCACCACUCUUCAGUGGGUUCAGACCAGAUCAUAGGAACCACGGACCCAAUGCCUUGAAGAAAUCACUUCUCAAUAGCUUCAAAUGUUUCAGCGUUGAAACUUUGGCUAAAGAAGAAGGCACUCUACCUACUGUCACUUGUUACUUACCCCCUCCCCCUAUCUCACUCGCAAGAAAGGUUGGAGCCGAGUUCAUAGGAACCAUGAUACUGAUAUUUGCGGGAACGGCUACAGCCAUAGUGAACCAAAAGACACCAGGGUCCGAGACCCUGAUCGGGUUAGCCGGUUCAUCCGGGCUCGCUGUUAUGAUUGUUAUACUAUCGACAGGUCAUAUCUCAGGAGCCCACUUGAACCCAUCCAUCACCAUAGCUUUUGCUGCCCUCAAGCAUUUUCCAUGGAAGCAUGUGCCGGUGUACAUAGGGGCACAGAUGCUGGCGUCGAUAUGUGCAGCAUUUACACUGAAAGCGGUGUUUGAUCCAAUGAUGGGUGGGGGUGUGACUGUUCCUUCAGUUAAGUAUGGACAAGCGUAUGCUUUAGAGUUCAUAAUUGCGUUUAAUCUCAUGUUUGUGGUCACGGCUGUUGCUACCGACACUCGAGCUGUUGGCGAGCUGGCGGGAAUAGCUGUGGGAGCAACUGUCAUGCUUAAUAUUCUUAUAGCUGGGCCGCUCACAGGAGCAUCAAUGAAUCCAGCAAGAACUUUAGGACCAGCAAUGGCUGCAAACAACUACAAAGGCAUCUGGAUCUACCUUACAGCUCCCAUCCUUGGCGCACUAGCUGGUGCAGGUAUUUACACAGCAGUGAAACUGCCUGAGGAAGAUGGCGAUGAUCAUCAUGAUCCUAAUAAGCCUCAAGGACAUAGCUUUAGAAGAUAAUCCACAACAACACAUCACAUGUAAAACCACCACCACCACCAUGUCUACACUGAUAAGACCAGAUAAUCCAUUAUAGCCCAACAAUGGGUCAACGGAGAUCUGAUUAUGGGUACAUAUUUAAUUAUCGAUCGUUGUAUCUUGAGUCUUCUUGACAAUGGCAUAAAUUAAUGAUAGAACUUAUUGCAUGUUUUGCUCA